CCUCUCCGUCUUCGCAGCUUCGAUUGCUCGGACGGUGGUCAAAAUCCUCACACCCCGUUUUCCUCCAAAUUUCCAGAACAUUUGUUUUACUAUUACGUACGUGCUGCUUGUUCAAAUUAGGGUUUGGUUAUCGACGUCAGGCAAAUUUAGGGCUUCUUUGCUUGAUAGAUUUGUAUUUGAUAUUAGUCUCGCACAGCCUCGAUCUUCCGGCAGCCAUCCAUGGCCGAAGAACCAGUUUCUACUCCUCAUAACCCGUCGAGUUCUGCUCCUCUCGGUUAUUCCAUGAUUCCGAUUAUCAACAAGCUACAAGACAUAUUCACCCAGCUUGGGAGCUCCUCCACAAUCGAGCUGCCGCAGGUUGCCGUCGUUGGGAGCCAAAGUAGCGGUAAGUCGAGUGUUCUUGAAGCUCUGGUGGGGAGGGACUUUUUGCCCAGGGGUUCGGAUAUCUGUACCCGAAGGCCCUUGGUUUUGCAGCUAGUGCAGACGAAACGGAAACCAGAUGGAACGGAGGAGGAGUAUGGAGAGUUCCUGCACUUGCCAAGGAAGAAAUUCUACGAUUUUUCCGAAAUCCGCAAGGAAAUUCAGGCAGAGACAGAGAGAGAAGCAGGAGGAAACAAGGGUAUUUCAGACAAGCAGAUUCGUCUAAAGAUCAAUUCACCCAAUGUUCUUGAUAUCACACUUGUGGAUUUACCUGGAAUAACAAAGGUUCCAGUUGGUGACCAGCCAUCUGAUAUUGAAGCAAGAAUUAGAACAAUGAUACUAUCGUACAUCAAACACCCUAGCUGUUUAAUUUUGGCAGUAUCUCCAGCAAAUUCAGAUUUGGCUAAUUCAGAUGCACUUCAGAUAGCAGGGAUGGCUGAUCCUGAUGGUUAUCGAACUAUUGGUAUAAUUACAAAGUUGGAUAUUAUGGACAGAGGUACUGAUGCCCGUAAUUUUUUGCUUGGAAAAGUGAUCCCUCUUCGACUUGGUUAUGUCGGUGUUGUGAAUCGUAGUCAAGAGGAUAUUAUGUACAACCGGAGUAUUAAGGAUGCACUUGCCUAUGAGGAGAACUUCUUCCGCAGUCGCCCUGUCUAUAAUGGUCUUGGUGAUCGUUGUGGCAUUCCUCAGUUAGCAAAGAAGUUGAACCAGGUUCUGGUGCAGCACAUAAAGACAGUGCUUCCAGGUCUGAAGUCACGAAUAAGUUCAGCAUUGGUUUCUGUGGCAAAGGAGCAUUCCAGCUAUGGGGAAAUAACAGAAUCAAAGGCUGGUCAGGGAACUCUCCUCCUGAACAUUCUUUCCAAAUACUGUGAAGCCUUUACAUCAAUGAUUGAGGGGAAAAAUGAAGAAAUGGCAACAACUGAGCUGUCUGGUGGAGCACGAAUUCAUUAUGUCUUCCAACAAAUUUUUGUGAAGAGUUUGGAAGAGGUGGAUCCAUGUGAUGACUUAACUGAUCAUGACAUUCGUACUGCCAUUCAAAAUGCAACUGGCCCAAAAUCUGCUUUAUUUGUGCCAGAGGUGCCAUUUGAGAAUCUUGUCCGGAGACAAAUAGCUCGUUUAUUGGAUCCAAGCCUCCAGUGUGCGAGGUUUAUCUAUGACGAAUUAAUUAAGAUGAGUCACCGGUGUCUGUCGAGUGAGCUGCAGCGGUUUCCUGUUCUCAGAAAGCGCAUGGAUGAAGUUAUUGGAAAUUUUUUGCGGGAAGGCCUUGAACCUUCAGAAACAAUGAUUGGACACAUAAUAGAAAUGGAGAUGGACUACAUGAACACUUCUCACCCAAAUUUUAUUGGUGGGAGCAAAGCUGUAGAGAUUGCAUUGCAGCAGGUCAAGUCUGCCAGGUUAUCUGUACCUUUGCCUAAAUCAAAGGAUGGAGUAGAUUCUGAUAAAAUACCUGCAUCUGAAAAGAGUUUGAAGUCUCGAGCUAUUCUUGCUAGGACAUCAGCAAAUGGAAUUGUUCCAGAUCAGGGAGUUCGGCCUGCUGUAGAUAAUGAGAGAUCUGGAUCAUCUGGAAAUGCAACCACUUCAAGUUGGGGAAUUUCCUCAAUUUUUGGUGGAAGUGAGAACCGUACAUCUACAAGGGAGAUCUCAAUAAACAAGCCACAUAGUGAACCUACUCAUGGCAUGGAGCAUUCUCUCUCAAUGAUCCAGCUGAAAGAGCCUCCAGUGGUUUUGAAGCCUUCAGAUACGCAUACAGAGCAAGAGGCAAUUGAAGUUGCAGUCACAAAACUGCUAUUGAGAUCAUAUUAUGAUAUCGUAAGGAAGAAUAUUGAGGAUUCUGUGCCUAAAGCGAUUAUGCACUUUCUGGUCAACCAUACCAAACGAGAGCUCCGUAAUGUCUUCAUCAAAAAGCUUUACAGAGAAAAUCUUUUUGAAGAGAUGCUUCAGGAACCUGACGAGAUUGCCAUGAAAAGGAAGCGCAGUCGAGAGAUGCUGCGAGUUCUCCAACAAGCUUUCAGGACAUUGGACGAAUUGCCACUUGAAGCUGAAACUGUUGAGAAAGGUUACAGUUUGGGUACAGAUCCCACUGGGUUGCCUAAGAUCCACGGACUUACCUCAUCUUCAUUGUAUAGUACAGGCAAUGAUUAUGGUACAUCUUAUACAGCAUCUCCCAAGAACCCAAAGUCCCGAAAGUCAUCACACUCGGGAGAAUUACAAUCACCAUUGCAUGCAAGUGCUGAUUCCAAUGGAAGUGGACGCCAUUCUACACUUGGAGCCUAUCCAACGGUUGAUUUAUAGACAAUUGAGACUGCAUUGGGUCUAAAGCUAAGGGUUUGAGGGCACUAAAUCUAUAUAUUCUUUUGGUCACCUUCUCCAAUAUAUUUGGGCCAUUCAUCCUCCAGAGUUGACCCCAUGGAUAGUCAGUCUCUUCUAACAAGAUAAAUGCAAGUCAAAAAGAGGCUGCCUUGCGUAUAUUUCCAUUUGUUUCUUGUUAAAAUAUAAUAGAUAUAACAUGCGUUGUUGAAUGAUGCCCCUAACAGAAUAAUAGGAGCUGGUAAUUUUCCCUGUUCUACGGGAAGCUCCACCAUUGUUUUUUGCCUUACAAGUAGCCUUGCUGAGGAGAGUGCUGGUGGGUUUUGUUUGAACCAGUAUGCUCAUGGCUGGUGUAUGAGAAGACAUCUGCAUCAGGUGAUUUGGCUUUCAAGAAUUAAGUUCACUCCCCAGCUGACUCGGAUGAUCAUUGCACAGUUUUGGAAUUCAAGUUACCAACUGCCUGGAAUUUGGAGAUGAUACCAUACCUUAAAUUUCAGUUUUGAAUUCGAAAUUUUGUUUCCUAGUUUUUUAUUUGAUUAUGGGGAUAUGGAUGAAGGAACACAACAUGGUGCAACUUUGGUAAGAGAUGUUUUGUAAGUAGCCGGUGUUGGAGGUAAUAUUGGAUUCCUAUUCCCUGUAGCUUUGUUAUUCGAUGAAUUACUGAUCUUGUGCAGCUAUAAUAAUUAUCAAAUUUAUCUUCAUUUUAAAGGAGAAUUAGAUAA